AUGGCAUCCACAGUUGACAUCGCUUCCUCAUUCAUUGAGGGUGCCCCGCCAGGCGAGCUCGCAGACGUUGUUGCCGAUGUGAAAACGCUUACCUCCGACGGUGCCGAUAUCAUCCCAUCCCUUGCUCCUGCAUUUGAGCGAUACAAUGAGACGCAACUGGCGACCGUGAAGCUGCCUGGGGCGAGUCAGGAGGUCCUUAUCAGCGAAUACAACAAACUGGAGGGCAACCGCUACUUUGACGUCGAGAGCCAGACCUCCUUCGAAGUCGAUCAUGUCACACAAGAAGCGUCCGCGGCGCAGUCAUAUGUAUUGGAUUCGCAAAAUGCAGACUUGAUCAAAUCGCUACUCAAGUCGCUCGGCGCUCACGCCCGUGAGCACUACCCUAAUUGCGCCUAUGGUGUAUACCCCAUUGAAAACGACUCUGCGGUGGCAAUUCUGCUGGUUUCGAACCGCUACUCGCCUAACAACUUCUGGAACGGGCGCUUCCGCGCUUCCUACCAGUUCCCUGUUUCUGAGCCCACAACCGUGACCGGUAAGAUCCAGGUUGAUGUCCACUACUACGAAGAUGGCAACGUGGCGCUGAACACGAAUAAACCCAUCAACCUUUCCGUCGCAUCCGCUUCCGCUGAGAGCAUCAUUUCCCGCAUUGCAACUGCGGAGCGCGACUACCAGGAGGACCUGAACCGCGCGUUCGUGCAGAUGGCUGAGGGCGCAUUCAAGGGCUUGCGCAGACAGCUCCCCAUCACACGGCAGAAGGUGGAAUGGGAGAAGGUCGGAGGAUACCGCCUGGGACAGGAUAUCUCUGGUGGCAAGGGCCGCUGA